AUGUUGCCAUCAAAGCGGAGAAGGGUUGACUACAAAGGCGCGGAUGUCGACGCUGAUGCAGACAAGGCAUACUCCAACGAGGACCGCUUGGCGCUCGCCACACGUGAUGCCAACAGGUUUCCUGUGUUUAGUGUCAAGGACAAGGCCACUGUUUUUAGAAAGGCCUUUUCUGUGCCGCUCAAGGACAAGAGCACCUCCAUCUACGACCCGAGUCGCCCGCCUCCAACGCUCGGCCUCAGAAGAGGGGCCGUCUUCGCACCCAGGCCCUUGCACGACCCGAGUGGCGAAUUUGCAAUUGUCCUCUACGACCCAACUAUCGAUGAGAAGCGCAAGGAAUCAGCGCAGGUACAGGCCGAGCAAGGCACCGACGCCGGGCCUCUCCAGAAGAUCGACGCACCACUCGUCCACAAAAGUCUGGCUGAGAUUCUUGGUAUCAAGAAAACUGUCAGUGAGGAUCAUCCCCGGGUGCCUGUUGUCCUCGAUCCCAAGCUGGCAAAAACCCUGCGCCCACAUCAAGUAGAGGGUGUCAAGUUCAUGUACCGCUGCGUCACCGGCCUGAUUGAAGAAAAGGCCAACGGAUGCAUCAUGGCCGACGAGAUGGGCCUAGGCAAGACACUGCAGUGCAUCACUCUCAUGUGGACCUUGCUCAAACAAUCUCCCGAUGCCGGCAAGCCGACCAUACAAAAGGCCAUCGUGGUGUGUCCGGCCAGUUUGGUCAAGAACUGGGCCAACGAACUUAUCAAAUGGCUUGGUGCUAACGCCAUCACGCCAUUCACCAUCGACGGAAAGGCCUCCAAAGAGGAUUUGACGCGACAGCUUCGCCAAUGGGCAAUUGCGUCUGGCCGAGCCGUCACACGGCCCGUCAUCAUCGUUUCUUACGAGACGCUACGUCUCAACGUGGAAGAACUCAAGCACACAAAAAUCGGACUCUUAUUCUGUGACGAGGGUCACCGUCUUAAAAACUCGGACAGCAACACGUUCAGCGCCCUCAACGGUCUUAACGUGUCGAGGCGGGUCAUCCUCACGGGAACGCCCAUUCAGAACGACUUGACCGAAUACUUCUCGCUAACUAGCUUCGCCAACCCAGACCUCCUAGGAUCACGGCUCGAGUUCCGCAAGCGGUUUGAAAUCCCCAUACUGCGCGGACGUGACGCAGAUGCUUCCGAGGCGGAUCGCAAGCGGGGAGACGAAUGCACUGCAGAGCUCCUCGGCGUUGUCAACAAGUUCCUCAUUCGACGGACCAACGACAUUCUAUCCAAGUACCUGCCUGUCAAGUACGAGCACGUUGUCUUCUGCAGUCUCGCACCCUUCCAGCUGGGCCUGUAUAAUUACUUCAUCACCAGCCCAGAUAUCCAAGCACUGCUCCGCGGCAAGGGCAGUCAGCCUUUGAAAGCAAUCAACCUUCUAAAAAAGCUUUGCAAUCACCCCGAUCUUUUGACUCUCACCGAUGACCUUCCCGGCUCGGAAGGUUGCUACCCUCCCCAGUACGUCCCCAAGGAGGCAAGGGGACGGGAUCGCGAGGACACCAACGACAAGAUUGUUCUCAUCAGCAACUAUACGUCAACGCUAGAUCUUUUCGAGCGCCUGUGCAGGUCUCGCCAGUACGGCUGCCUUAGGCUCGACGGUACCAUGAACGUGAACAAGCGACAGAAGCUUGUUGAUCGGUUCAACGAUCCCGACGGUGACGAGUUUGUCUUCCUACUCAGCAGCAAAGCUGGUGGCUGUGGCAUCAACCUCAUUGGGGCCAACCGACUGGUUCUCUUUGACCCGGACUGGAACCCGGCCGCUGAUCAGCAAGCCUUGGCUCGGGUGUGGCGAGACGGCCAGAAGAAGGACUGCUUCGUCUACCGCUUUAUCGCGACGGGAACAAUAGAGGAGAAGAUAUUCCAACGUCAGUCCCACAAGCAGAGCCUGUCGUCUUGCGUGGUCGAUUCUGCCGAGGAUGUCGAGCGUCACUUCUCAUUGGACAGCCUGCGCGAGCUCUUUCAGUAUCGACCCGACACCAGAAGCGAUACGCACGAGACCUUCAAGUGCAAGAGGUGUAAGCCUGACGGAAGGCAGGUACUCAAGGCGCCGGCCAUGCUUUAUGGAGAUACCAGCACAUGGAAUCAUUUUGCCAACAACGGGCUGCAGCCUAUUCAGGAUUUACUGCUGAGGCAAGAGUUUGGUCUGCCCGAGGUCUCAGCAGUGUUCCAAUACGUAUCUCACUAA